GUGUGCAACAGAGGAACAUGGCUCAAGAAACUAAUCACAGCCAAGUGCCUAUGCUUUGUUCCACUGGCUGCGGAUUUUAUGGAAACCCUCGUACAAAUGGCAUGUGUUCAGUGUGCUAUAAAGAACAUCUUCAAAGACAGAAUAGUAGUAAUGGUAGAAUAAGGCCACCUGCUUCUGUCAGUAGUCUGUCUGAAUCUUUACCCAUCCAGUGCACAGACGACAGCGUCCCGGAUGCCCAGGCACCGCUAGACUCCACGUCUGCAUCUGUGCAGCCAAGCCCUGUAUCAAAUCAGUCACUUUUGUCAGAAUCUGUAGCAUCUUCCCAAGUGGACAGUACAUCUGUGGACAAAGCAGUACCUGAAACAGACCUGCAAGCUUCAGUAUCAGAUAUGGCACAACAGCCAUCUGAAGAGCAAAGCAAGUCUCUUGAAAAACCAAAACAAAAAAAGAAUCGCUGUUUCAUGUGCAGGAAGAAAGUGGGACUUACUGGGUUUGAAUGCCGGUGUGGAAAUGUUUACUGUGGUGUACACCGUUACUCAGAUGUACACAAUUGCUCUUACAAUUACAAAGCUGAUGCUGCUGAGAAAAUCAGAAAAGAAAAUCCAGUAGUUGUUGGUGAAAAGAUCCAGAAGAUUUGAACUCCUGCUGGAAUACAAAAUCCUUUGACCAUCUGCAAACUAAAAAUUGACUUGAGGUUUUUUUUUCCUAGUCAUUGGGAAUGUAGAGCAAUGUAUCUUGCAUAGACCUUUUAAUCAUGCGUGUCAUCAGAAGAAUAGAUUUUCGUUUUUGUUUUGAAAAUGACUCUGAACAUUUAUUUCCACUGCAGUUUCUGUGGCUGAAAAGACUUAAGUAAACUUUACAAGUAUUAUCCUUUUAAGAUCAUUUUAAUUUUAGUUGAGUGCAGAGGGCUUUUAUAACAAACGUGGAGAAAUUUUGGAGGGCCGUGAUUUUUCCAGUAUUAAACAUGCAUGCAUUGAUCUUGCAGUUUAUUUUCUCAUUGUGUGUGUACAUAGCUUUUCUCUGCAGCACGAUCUCUGUCGAUGGCGCCCCUCAGGGCACAACUAGUUACCAGUCACUGAAUGUAUCUUCAUCCUUACGGCUGCUUCUGGGUUUUCAUUAACAAAGGUUCUACAUAUGUUACCAUAUAGUUUCUUUGCACCCACUAUUUAUGUCUGAAUCAUUUGUCACAAGAGAGUGUGUGCUGAUGAGAUUCUAAGUUUGUGUGUUUUUAAAUUUUUUUGAGCGAGGGAAGGAAAAGCUGUAAGCAUUUCAUUGCCGACCGCAGGUUUCUUUCAGAUUAUGUUCAUUGGUCUGUGUGUAUACAAUAUGAAGAAUGAUCUGAAGUAAUUGUGCUGUAUUUAUGUUUACCCACCAGUCUUUGAUUAAAUAAAAAGGAAAACCAUAAAAAAGGGGGG